AUUGAGAGGGUGGCUUAGCAUGAUAAGUUUCAAACAGGGUAGGUUUUUCUUUAGGUAGUUUUUCUCUUGGUUUAUUUGGUAUCAUAAACUUUUGUUGCGAAUGACAACUCACGUGUCCCGUUCCUGCUAGAACAAAUUCUCGUUCCUGUAAAUAAUAUUUCUCUGUAACAACGACUGUGAUUAUUUUACAUCUGGUUGGUCAUAAUAGUUACUCUACGUACGGCCAUUAUAGUGCCACAGGUAAAAGCAAGUUUUAGACAUUCAAAUAUAAUGGAAUACCUCUUGAUCACUAUAAAUAAGAUUCCUAACAGUUGGUGCACUUUUUAUUGGGUAGGUGUAUAAGGUCUGCUUUCGCUUUGGCUUCUGAAGUGCUGUAAAAUAUAGAAAAAUUAAAAUUUUAUCUUGUUAACUUUGUUUAAGUGGGUAAAAUUUCUCCAAAUUUCUCUGGUGUAAUUAAAUUUUGAUCUAAUUAUAAGAUUUACCAUUGUGAAACAAGCAAUAUUUGCACAGCUUAAUCAUUGAACAAGCCCAGGUGUUUUUUCAAGCCAAGGAACCAUAGCACCAGAAAACUUUCCCAAUUUUCAAAUUAAGAUUAUCAAUUAAUUUUGAUCAAUUUAAUCACUGUCAAUCAAAAUAUUCCAGUACAGAGUGUGGAAUCACCCAAAAGAAUGUAAUUGUACAUCUCAUGAAGUCCCGCCUAAAACCAACAAGUUUUCCAACAUAUUUAAACCCACCUACCUUGUUCUCCAAAAUCCCUCUUUUUCUACAAAAACGACUAUUUGUAACUUUUCACUAUUGCCUUUUUACAAAAGGGUGUCAAUGGAAAAAAUGCUGAGGAUUAUAAUUAUGGUGUAUAACAAAAUUACCUGGUAUGUUUAGUCUUGGUGGUAGCUUCACGUUUUUCAGUUCCACUUUCGAUGUAGGAUUUGCCAUCUUAGAAAUGAAUAAGUAGAUAUUUGCCCUUCAGUAUCCUUAUUUUCAAAAUGACAGAUUAUAGAUUGUUGCAUACCAAAAUUACACACAAAUCUUUUUAUGUAGAAACAGAAGCUCUGGUAGUAUACCAGGGUAAUUUAUAACACUGCUUUAGAUUCACAGCAUCAUAGCUAUACUUAAAUUAUUCAAUUAUGCCAUUGUGUAAUUUGCUAUUUUAAUUUGAUUAUGAUUAUAGUUCUAAUUAUAAAACUUAAGAAAUUAACAAGCAUGAUAAAUGCACACGGCAUGCUAAUUGCACUGACUAUUAAACAAAACAGCAUUGUUAUCUAAUGCCCAUUCACUUGUAACAACAUAAAAGUUAUCAUAUAAAGUAUGUCAAUAUAAAUAUUCGACUUCAACUGAGCACUAAGUAUGAUAAGAAUCAAACAGGACAACCUGAUCAUUAAAUUGAAGCUUAUUACUAUUUGUAAAGAAAUCCCACAAGAUCAUGCAAAGCCAAUGUACAUUGUGGUGAAGAGUCAUGUAGAAAAUGAAGCAUUAUAAAUCAAUGAUAAGAUCAAUCAAUGACAAAUUUUUAGCAUGCACACGCACAGUCAGUUGUGAUUAUUAUUGAUGACAAAUUUAAAAUAAUGCGAAGCAAAAUUGUUCAGGCUGCACUCGAUAUUCUAAGUAAUAAACGUUAUUUCGAAUUUUUAGGAGGGGGGUCACAGUUGUUCAUCUAUUUAUUUAACAAGUGCGAAUAAUGGUAACAGCAGAAAUGGCAGUGCACCUCCCCCUCAUUAUUGUUUUUAUACAUUAAUCGGGAGUGCAUUGAUUUACACUUGAAUGGUUUUAUUUCCACAUCAUUUCUACAAAGUGCUUGCCACUGUAAAUCAAUAUUUUGAGCGGAGUCUUUGAAAUGUAUCUGGAGAUACUGCACCAGAUUUUACAUGCUAAUUGUGCUAGCUCAGACCAUUUGUUUUAACACAAGACAGUGAUUGUAAGCUUUAAUUGGUCAAGGCUGGAAACUUGUUAAUAUUACGUUUCAGAAAUAAUAUGGUCCACCAGCAUCCAGAUCUUUAUCAAUCCUAUUAUCACUAACCCGUUAUCUCCUGAUAGGAACUAUGUUGACAGUAGUACUGCUAGCUCUUGUUGGGGCAGCAUUUGCUUCUGAUGAAGCGUGUCCUAUGAAUGGCUUCUUUGGGUAUGGACCUAAGGGGUACGACCACGCUCUGGGAGUCGUAAAAGCUAGGAUUAUGAAACCAGCACCUGACUUUACUGCCCCUGCUGUAGUCAAGGGAAAGUUUGAGGAUAUCACACUUUCUUCUUACAAAGGUAAAUACGUGGUUCUCUUCUUUUACCCUCUUGACUUCACCUUCGUGUGCCCGACUGAGAUAAUCGCUUUUAAUGACAGACUCAGCGAGUUCACCAAGAUUAACACCGAGGUAAUCGCAGCAUCUGUAGACUCUAAGUUUACUCAUCUGGCUUUUAUCAACACUCCUAGAUCAAAAGGUGGGUUGGGAGAGAUGGAUAUCGCGAUAGUAUCAGAUCUAACCAGACAGAUAUCACGUGAUUACGGAGUAUUGUUGGAGGAUGCUGGCCACACUCUCAGGGGACUAUUCAUCAUAGACGACAAAGGAAUUCUACGUCAGAUAACAAUGAAUGAUUUACCAGUUGGAAGAAGUGUUGACGAAACCCUCAGGUUGGUACAAGCAUUCCAGUACACCGACCAACACGGUGAAGUAUGCCCAGCUAAUUGGACACCCGGUAAAGAUACCCUUAAACCAGAUCCUGACGGUAAACUUGAAUACUUUGAAAAGCACUGUAACAAGAAAUCCGGGAAAUCUGACGAGCUGUAGAUGUGAUUAUGUGAUCUGUGACGUCAUGUUAUGAGUUGUGGCGUCACGAUGUGAGUUGUGACGUCAUAUUAGGGGUUAUGGUAGAUCCUGAAGAUUUUUGGUUUUUUUUCCAUUUUUUAGUCACUGUUAUGACUGAUAAUUUUAUGCUUUGCUUCAGUUACAACUACUUAAGUUUUUAUAGUGCACGUUUAAUUUUUCUGUUUUUGAAAAUGUUUUGACAUCUAUGAUUGAACAAGUCGGUAACAAAACUCGGCAUUUUUGUUUCAGUUAUAUGGUUUUGUAGGUAGGGGUUCCUUGCUUCCUUGUUUGUUUGUUGCUAACUUAUUGUCUUUGAUGUAUUUUUAACAUUUAUUAGAGUUAUUACAUAACCAUUA